GAUGGCUGCGCCCACGUGCAUGGAACUUUAUGCGGGUUGUUACGAAAGAACAACCCUUGGUUAUGUGGUUAACGAAAACGUAAACGAGGCCAAGUUUGUUAUUAAGGCCAAGUUCACUGACAACUCCCACAUUGGCUAUGUGAAGACGCUGGCUGCUAGUGAAUCAUUUCUGGCAACUGGGAGUACAGAUGAAACCAUCCAUCUUUACAAUCUGGUGACCAACAGAGAGCUUGGAACAUUGCUUCAACAUAAUGGCUCAAUUACAAGCAUAUGUUUCCAUGGCGACAGUCACAUGAUUAGCGGCAGUGCUGAUGGAACUAUUGGUAUUUGGCACACUGCAUCCUGGGAACUCAUGAAAAGCUUACGAGCUCAUAAGGGCGGAGUCAACUCUGUGGCCAUUCAUCCAUCUGGGAAGCUGGCUCUAACAGCUGGGCAGGACAAGUCACUUCGAACCUGGAACCUAGUCAAGGGAAGGGUGGCGUACACCACCAACAUCAAACAGGUGGCCGACUUCGUGUCAUGGUCACCCGACGGUGAACUCUACAUAGUUGUCGGCGACAGCAUCAUCAACGUAUACACAAUUACCACGGCAACCAUUACCAGCUCAAUAGACUGUCAAAGGAAAAUUCUUGCUGUUUCCUUCGUAACAAAUCGUAUUCUGGCAGUUGGAGGAGAAGGUGGAAACAUUCAACUCUUUGAGCUCUCUGAGGGAAAAUCCACCUGCCGAUGUGACUUCAAGGCUCACGAAAACAGAGUAAAAGGAAUUCAGUGCACAUCAGACCGCAGCAGUCAACCGGAGGAGAACUGCAGGUGGUUAGUGACAGUCUCCAGCGACAGCCAUCUCAAGAUUUGGUCUGUUAAUGUUGAAACACUAGAUGAGCCAACUCUACUUGCUGACGUGAACACCACAGCAAGAUUAACUUGCGUUGGGGUCAGGCCAGUCCUGAGCCAGUCAGCAGACAGCCCAGUUGGAAAGCCAGGAGUCCCAAUGACGGACAAGUCAAGGGAGAGUUUGGAAGAAGACAGCACCCUCACCAAACGGAAAAACACUGGUGCAGAGCAAGAUUCAAGGAAGAAGAAAUUCAAGGCCAGAAAACAGAGACCUUGAGUGGACAAUUUGGAAGUGUUGAAUAACAAACCAUGAACACUUUUUGCAAAUUUUUCUUGUACCCUGUCUAAAUGAAAACCCAGCAUUCUAAAGACACCCAGUACCACUUUGGCCAUACUUAGUAAACCAUUAAUGUUCACCAAUAAAAAAAUUAAUUUCAAAGUAGGACUUGAAGCCCUGCAUUUUAAUCGUAGCUUGUUGCUGUGAGCCCCGAGCGGGACCAAGAGAGGGCGCAGUUUUCCUAGCAACAAAGGCUCCAAUGGUCAGAACUGGACUUCGUUCACAACGAACUGGACUUGGUUCACAAAUGAAUAUGAAAUGCACAUGCUACGGUCACAUCAUCUACCAACGAAAUUAACAUUCCUGACCGACAUGGCUCUGUAAAACCGAUGAGGGGGUGCUUCUGCUCAAGGAGGAUUGUCCUGAAUUAUUCAAAUCAUGGAAAAUUCCUGUUGGAAUUUUUUAAGACAUGAGGCAGCUUGGGUGAAAGUGCUUCAGCCUAUCACAAAUUUUUUUGUAAAGAUAAUUAUUUCUGUUUUCCAUUUCAACAGCAAUCUCAGACUCAAAUCAGUAAUCAUUCGAAAUAGCAAGCUUGUAAUUUUAACUGUCUUUUGAUCGUAUUUAUCAAUAUUUGUAAAAGCUUCACAAUAACAAUCUUUCCUUAUAUUUCCUGAUGAGACAUUUCUGCCAUUGCAGUCAAGUGGCAAUACCUGGUUAAUAUUUUUGUUGUAAGGAAUGCAGUGUGUGUGUAAAAUAAAUGAAAUAAAUGGAGACGAGUGAAUGCGAUCUGAAGAAAGUGGAA